UUUCAUACUACAAAGGAAAGUAUAAGAUCAGUAUAUUUGCCAAUUUCUUUCUCCCUCGGGUUUCCACAUAAACAAUUCAACGUGCUAGCCCGCAAGUCCAUGAUCGCUUCCUUUUUCCGGUAACUUAGAUUCCCUCUCUCCAGAUCCACUCCACACAGAUUAAACAUUCAACAAACAAAUCAUUAACACAAAGCAAAAAUUACAAAUUAUAAGCCAUUCAAUUCAUUAUACAUUUCGAACAGAAAAAUGAAGGACGACGAAUCAACACAGUCAUCGAAGAAGGAAACAUUAUCUGAUUGGACAAUAUUUGGAAGAGGUGGAUACAAGUUUUAUGCAUUGGCGGGUAUACUUUUAUUAGCAUUUUGGUCAAUGUUUACUGGUACUGUUACUCUCCGUUGGUCUGCUGGAAACCUUAAUAGUCUCUCCGAUCUCUUCGAUUUUCCUCUCUCCGAUGAUCUCGACAUCCUCGAAAUGGAAGAGAGGGAAAAGUUGGUGAAGCAUAUGUGGGAUGUGUAUACUAAUAGUCCUAGGAUCAGAUUGCCUAAGUUUUGGCAGGAGGCAUUUGAGGCGGCCUAUGAGGAAUUAAGCAAUGACGUUGCUGAAGUUCGAGAGGCUGCUAUCUCCGAGAUCUCUAAGAUGUCUCUCCGAUUUGUUCAUAUCGAGCUGCCACCUCCGCGUUCGCUGGGAGUAAGAGAAUUAAGUCAAAAACAAGCUGAGAACAAACAGAGGACUGCAACAGGAAGUAACUCAUGACAAGAAGAACAUCAAGGAUCCAAAUUUGCACGGUUUCCACUUAUUUAUACAAGACGAAUGAAAACAUACACUAACCUGCUCCCUGGUAUUUGGCUAAAGGGCAUAUUUGGGAAAAGAUUACAUUCAGGUUCCUCGCAUUUUUGCAACAGGAAUGAACAUAAUUAACUUUUUGUUACCUCUGCUUCUUUUUCCCUCUAUCCCAUCUCCCCAUUGAAAGCUCAUACAAGUUCAACAGUAUCGUUACUUAAUUGCUUCAUGCAACGAGAUUGGAAAUUUACUUCUGAAGUUUUUAACACUGGAAGACCCUUACUAAUUUUUUGUUUUACACUUCAGAUACCCAUUAUACGAACUUGAAAGGGAAUAGAACGAUUAUAUAUUUAUAUUGAGUUCUCAUGUUAAUUAACUUGUUUUUGUUAGUCUGUCAAGUGAUUUUAUGUCGCACGCGGCCUUAUUUUAGGUGUUAAUAUUCUUCCUGUAUAAUUAUGUUUCUUUUCAGAUUCCACGUUAGAAGCUGUUGAGAUCCUUGCUAUAAGAUCUUAAAACUUUUCUUAACAGGAAGCUGCUCUUGUUUCA